AUGGAGGGCGCCACCAAGCUAACGCAGAGCAACGCCAUCCUGCGCUACAUUGCCCGCAAGCACAACAUGUGUGGUGAGACAGAGGAGGAGAUCCAGCGUGUGGACAUGCUGGAGAACCACAUCCUGGAUUUCCGCCUGGGAUUUGCAGAGCUCUGUUACAGCCCUGACUUUGAGAAGCUGAAGCCAGGGUACCUGAAGGAGCUGCCGAGGAGGCUGCGGGAGCUGUCGUGGUUCCUGGGCUCCCGGCCCUGGUUUGCAGGGGAGAAGCUCACCUUUGUGGACUUCGUGGCGUAUGAUGUGCUGGACCAGCACCGCAUGUUUGUGCCCAACAGCCCUGAGCUGAGCGGGAGCCUGAGCCGGUUCCUGGAGCGCUUUGAGGCACUGGAGAAGAUCUCAGCCUACCUGCACUCAGGGCGCUGCAUGAGGACCCCCAUCUUCUGGCGCACGGCGCGGUGGUGCAACACCAAGGAGUGA